UCAGAAGUCACAAACAUCCGUCAUAUUAUUUAUUGAAAAGGAAAAAUAUAUGAACCUGUUCUAGGACAUGACAAACGAGGUAUCACAGGUCUGGGGCGUCACAUGUAAACAAAAUACUGAUGCAGUUUUUCGCAUUUUCAAAGAUUUAACCUCAAUCAGUAAUAGCAACAAGGAUGUUGAUCAUAACAAUGGUGCAAGAUACUUCAGCGAUUAAAAAUUUGAAGUAACAGACGAAAUUACGUGGAAGGACUAUAUUUAAAGUUGAAAGGGGAGAAAUACAUUUCCUCCAGAAACACAAAUACCUCCACAUAUCCACAACACAACCCGGUCACAGGCUAACAGCCAAUCACGUCAGCCUUCCUUAUCACCUGCCCUAGAACCAAUAUGGCCUCCGUCAACUGAAUAUGGCAGUGUUCGGUUCGGCCCGCCCCUGGGCUCUCUGAUUGGCUAGAUGACGUCAACAACACCGCCGAUGAUUUCGAGGCAGUUUCGUUCUCCGCUUUACGAUUGGUCAGCGGCACGCCAAUCAAAAACAAACCCCGACAUUUCCGCUCAACAGUAUUACCAACUCAAUUUGUGUGUUUUGGAGCGCGCGAGGGAGGUGGCGACAGUUGGUGGCUCCCUUUUUUUAAAAAAAAGCGUCUGUGUUUUUAAAUGUAAAGCCACGAUCAAUCUUGAGCGAUUUCAGCCCAUUGGGGAAAAAAAAUCAUCGUCAUUGUUGUUGCGGGAGGCGCCUGUUGGCCUGUCUGUUGAUGGACGCGCAGAGAACGGCGGCGAGUGAAGGCGACAGCGGCAGGUUGCGGGGAUUGACAGCGUAUUAGUCAGCUCAAGCUCCGAGGAGGAGGAGGAGGAGGAGGAGGGGACGACCAACAGCCACUCCCCAGGGAGUGGGGAGGGAGGGGAGGUGGAGGCGGCAGCGGUGCUGAGCAGGCCUCGAGGGGGCUAGAGGACAGAGCUCCGGCCCGUACCGUCAACACUAACUUCAUUCACCGUAUCAUCGACUUCACUUUCUUAAAAAAAACGUAUAAUUCUCCCCACUCCUCUUCACCCACCCUAUCCUUUCCCUUUAAAGUAACGUAGGGUUACUUUAAAUCCGAUAUUGGAUCGAAUUCACAAACGCGCAGCUCAUCGCCUGCUGCCGCUAAUUUGCCUGCCGGCGUGAUCGCCAGUGUGUUUUCAAGAAGAUGUCGGCAGCGGCGGCGGUGGUGACAGCGGCGGAAAAAGUGGAUGGUUUCACCAGGAAAUCCGUGCGGAAAGCGGCCAGGCAGAAGAGGUCGCAAGGAUCGUCGCAGUUCAGGAGUCGGAGCAGCCCGGUCGAGAUCCUGCUUCUACCGCCCCUCAAAGAUGCUCCAAAUGCUGAACAGCAUGAUCUCUUCUGUCAAAAAUUACAGCAGUGCUGUGUGAUUUUUGAUUUCAUGGACUCUGUUUCAGACUUAAAGAGUAAAGAGGUCAAAAGAGCAACCCUGAAUGAAUUGGUGGAUUUCCUCACCUCAAAUAGAGGUGUGCUUCUUGAACAAGCCUAUCCUGAAAUAGUAAAAAUGAUUACCUGUAACAUUUUCAGAACCCUUCCUCCAAGCGACAAUCCAGAUUUUGAUCCAGAAGAGGAUGAACCAUCUUUAGAAGCGGCAUGGCCUCACAUGCAGCUUGUAUAUGAAUUUUUUUUGCGGUUUCUGGAAUGCCCAGACUUCCAACCUAGUAUUGCAAAAAGGUUCAUUGAUCAGAAAUUUGUACUGCAGCUUUUGGAGUUGUUUGACAGUGAGGAUCCACGAGAACGGGAUUUUUUGAAAACAGUUCUGCAUCGUAUUUAUGGAAAGUUCCUUGGACUACGCGCAUUCAUCAGGAAACAGAUAAACAACAUUUUUCUACGGUUCAUAUAUGAAACUGACCACUUUAAUGGAGUUGCAGAACUGUUGGAGAUACUUGGAAGUAUUAUUAAUGGAUUUGCACUGCCAUUGAAAGCAGAACAUAAACAAUUUCUUAUGAAGGUGCUCAUUCCCCUUCAUACUGCUAAAGGCUUAGCUCUAUUUCAUGCACAGUUAGCUUAUUGUGUGGUACAGUUCUUGGAAAAAGAUGCCACUCUUACAGAACCGGUUAUUCGAGGAUUGUUAAAAUUUUGGCCAAAAACUGUCAGUCAAAAAGAGGUUAUGUACUUGGGUGAAGUAGAAGAAAUUUUGGAUGUGAUAGAACCUUCUCAGUUCAAAAAGAUCCAAGAACCUUUGUUCAAGCAAGUAGCCAAAUGUGUAUCAAACCCACAUUUCCAGGUCGCAGAAAGAGCUUUGUAUUUCUGGAAUAAUGAGUACAUACUUAGUCUAAUAGAAGAUAAUUCUGAGAAAAUUCUACCAAUUAUGUUUGGUAGUUUAUACAGAAUCUCCAAGGAACACUGGAACCCAACCAUUGUAGCACUCGUUUAUAACGUACUAAAAACAUUAAUGGAGAUGAAUGGGUCACUGUUUGAUGAACUUACAGCAUCUUACAAAGCAGAAAGACAACGCGAAAAGAAAAAAGAACAGGAGCGUGAAGAGCUUUGGAAGAAUCUUGAAGAGUUGCAGCUCCAGAGAAGCCAGGCGCUUUCUGGCAGCUUGCAGAUCAAUACCCACAAUGUGGAAAAUGCUCAAAGCAGUAAAUCAAGUGCCAAAUAACCGGAAUCAACAGUUGGUGUACAGUUACAGGCUAUAAUGAUGGAGCAUUUCAUACAUAUUUUGGAGUAUGUGUGGGAAAAAUGCAUACACAAGGAAAACCUUCAGCAGUAUACUUCCAAAAAAGACCAACUUUUUUUGAUGAUAUGUAAAUUAUGUCAAAAGGAAAGAACCUGAACUUUGAACAUUACUGUGUGACCACAUGAUAUUUGUAACUUUGUCUGAUCAUGAAUUUAUUACGUCACUUUUUAGAAUUCAGAGAAUAAAUGAAUUUAUCAUUUGUGACCAGAGUGAAAAUAAUUGAGUGGUGAAAUUAUGACUUGAAAAAAACUUUUGAUUGUGCUGCACAUUGAAAAUUAGUCAGCUAUUUAAAUAUAGAUUUUUCCUAUUUUAUAUGUGCUUCUCACAAUGCUACAGACCUCAAGUAACAAGAAAGGGAGUGAGUUAUGCAUACACAGCAAACAUUAGAAAUUCAAGGAUAAAAUAUUGUAUGUUUUUUCUCUUCAACUAGUCUUUCUGAUGCUGUGCCAGAGAACCAUUCCAUUCUGUAAACCUAUGGGAGUAUGAAGCUCUUUUGUAAUAAGACAACUUAUUUGAGGUUUUGAGCAACAUUCAAUAAAGUCUACAUAAUAUUUGUA